AUGGACGAAGGAAUUUCAGACCCAUUAUUAUUAAAUGUCACGUCCGGUGACGGAAUCUAUUCUGGUUUCAUUACCAAACCGUCGAAUUCGUCUUUCUCCUAUUCCGUCUACUGCCAGGCGUUCGGCGUCAACAGCCUGGCCGAGGUCGACAAUGGAGUGUACAGCCGUCAACCGACGACCGGAAGUGUUAUACCCAUGUCGGAUCCUGUUCCGGCUGCCAUCCAAUUCAACCGUUUCGAAAACUGGCCGAGCUUUCAAUUAUCGACUCUGACAACCAACGGAUUCGACCAGAUUCCGCAGCGCAUCACCGAUCUGACCAUCCUCUCCUACGAUUCGUCCAGCAGGACGUCCGGCCUCGGCUGGACCGCUCCCAAAGACAAUUACGGAACGGGCGAUUUCGUUACACAUUAUCGGCUGGAACGAUCUAACGGCACACGAGAGACCGUAACGACGGACUAUCCAUCUCUAGCCAUAGUGGACGGAACAGUUAAUGUUACGGUCCAGGUGCCUUCCGUCAACGAGGGCGAGUACGUCAAGUACCGGGUGCAGGGCCGGGACUCUUCGGCCAAUUACGGCGAAGUUUCCAACGUCGUCUCGUUGGCCGGCCCGACUCCGGCGGAUUAUCCACGGCUGGACUGUGGGCCAUCAUCGGCACUUUCAUCGCCCUGGUUGUCAUCAUCCUCAUCAUCGUCCUCAUCCGCUGUUGCUGCCCAGUCGAAGCCAAGCGCAGAAAGAGAGAAGCCCAGCGCAAGAUGCGCCAACUGUUCUCGUCCAACGACACGGCGACCAGACAGGCGGAAGAGACGCCAGUCCCCAUAUACCUAUCGCCGUCAACACCAGCCUUCCAGAAAUUGCAAUCGUCGUACAACAUGAGACUUUAACAUCUCA